AUGACCUCCAUUUCACAAUACAAGAGGACGGAAGUUAUUGGGCGAGGUAAAUUUGGCGUUGUUUACAAAGCCUACCACAAACAAACUAAACAAGUUUAUGCCAUUAAAGUACUCAAUUUGGACACGGAAGAGGAAGAUAUUAUAGAUGUUCAACAGGAAAUACAGUUUUUAACGGAGUUGAAGAACGUUCCCAAUAUCACUCACUAUUAUGGUUCGAUACUAAAUGACACCAAAUUGUGGAUCAUGAUGGACUAUUGUGCAGGGGGCUCUCUCAGGACUCUUCUAAAGCCAGGAGUUAUGGAGGAGAAAUACAUUGGAGUUAUUGUCAGGGAAUUGCUACUGACUUUGAGUGCAGUGCACAAGUUGGGUGUUAUACAUCGUGAUUUGAAAGCGGCCAACGUCUUGAUUUCAAAAGACGGCAAUGUCCAACUUUGCGAUUUUGGUGUUGCAGCAAAAGUUGUGUCAAACUCUUCAAAACGAACAACUAUGGCAGGAACCCCUUAUUGGAUGGCUCCCGAGGUUAUCAAGUCUGGUGAAGCCUACAACAGCAAAGCAGAUAUAUGGUCAUUGGGAAUUACUGUAUAUGAAAUAGCGACAGGUAAUCCCCCCUAUUGUGAUAAAGAUGCAUCUUGGGCAAUGCAAUUGAUUUCGAAAGCAACUCCCCCUCGUCUUGAAGGGAGAGACUAUUCACCAGUGUUGAAAGAAUGUGUUGCCUUGUGUUUAGAUGAAAAUCCAGAGGAGAGACCUUCUGCAGAUGAGCUUCUUCGCUGUAAACUUGUUAAAACAUAUAAACACUGUCCAACAAGCACCCUCAAAGAAGUUAUAACCAGGUAUUUACUAUGGCGAGAUAGAAACUCUUCAAGAGAUUCAGUGUUUAUAAACUUGGAGAAUGAGCAAGAAGACACGGUUGACGAAAUUGUGCAGAACGAACUCCCAGGGUAUGAUUAUGUCGAAAACAAUACUGACCAUAUACAAGUGAAAUGGGACUUUGACUCUUUGGAAUCCAGGGAAUAUAUCAAGGAGAACGAAAUCGAUAUGAAUAAUCUUGAUUAUAGCAAACAAUUCGACACCGAGAAAGACCUCUAUUCCUAUUCGACGUUGCCUACGUUGAAAGCAAAUAUGUCGACCAUCGGAAAUUCCCUGGCCGCUGUGACCAAAUCGGUGGCGGACAUACCGAAAUCAUUACAAAUGUUAUUUGAAGACCCAAACGAAAAGAAAAAUGACCAGACUAUCUUGCAGCUACCAAACUUGCUUAGUUCUAAUGAUAGAACAGAAUCACCCACAAUUGAAAUUCCAGAUAUGGAUGCGCUCUCAAAUUAUCCAUCCUCUUCAUCGCUACUACAUAAUAACCAAAGCGUACCUACCCUCGCCAAACCUCCAACCCUACACCACACCCAGUCUGCUUCCGGAAAUUUGGAAUCUAGAUUCAACCAGAUGAAUACGUCCCCAACUGAGCGUCGGCCACGAAAAAAGACUAUUUCGAAUACCUUAGGUGCUUCAUCAAUUUUAUCUCCUUCUGCUGUUGGAGUAACGCCACAUACUCCGCCCUACACGAUGGGUUCUGGUGUUAGAACCCCAUCACCGAAGCCACCCUCUAGUGCGAAUGGUGUAAUAGCUUCUGGCCUUAACUCCAAAAGCGGCUCUCCAUCCAAGAUGAAAGCUCUUCAGGGAAGCCAUAAUCCUCUUUUGCAACCUAUCAACUUUAAAUACGGUACCAAUGAUAACCAUGCCGAAGUUGCUGGUGGUGGUUCAGUGCCACCCGGGCAAGCACCCCCCCACCUUCCACAUCAGCAGUCCAUGCCAAUUCUCCCUCAUUCUGCUGCUGCAUCAUCUAGUGCUUCUUCAAACAUGAAAUCCAGGAGAAAUAAACCGGGCUUCAUACAAAUGCCUACACCAUCGAACAGUAUAAAUGUCCUUUCAGCGUUGACCGGUGAGACUCAAGAGGACGAUAACGUUAACCAGUUUGGUAUAAAUCCUGCUCAUGCUGCAAAUAUGCCUAUAUCUAUGACCCCAGUUACGGAAAAAGAACCCCCUCAAUAUGCAAUGAAGAAUGAAGAUAGUGCUGAAAAAACGGCAACAAGUACAAAAGAUAGUACUACACCUGUAUCUACAAUUAGGCCACAUCAAAAUAGUAUACUGGCACAGAAGAAAACGCAACCUUCCCCUUCAAGCUCGAGUGCACUAUCAAAUGGCCCCAUCCAUCAUCAUCAUCAUCAUCAUCAAAACACAAAUUCUACCAUUUCGAAAGGUACUACACCCAGCUACUCUCUGUCCAAUACUACCUCAACGCCAUCCACAUCUUCCGUGCCUUUUCCUACAAUUCCUACCCUCAAGAGCGACUUUUUCAUUGAUUCCACUACCAACAAGAGUAAACUUGUGAGCGAAUUGGACUCGAUAAUAAAGCUAUUCAAUCAGGGUCUAGAUGCAUUGGAAACACACUUGUAA